AGCAAUGCCAUUUGUCUAAAUUGUUUCAACAAAAACAUGACCUUCUUAGAAGGAGAACAUUGAACACUGUCCACGCGUGAAUGCACUUGCGUGCGAGAUAGUAAUUACAGUAGUUAAUUAGUAUUACUAUUUCUCCCUCACCCUCACCACCUGUGUGUGUAUUUAAAGCCUGGCGUGCAAAGCAGUACCAACACAACGCCAUUACAUUAAAUCCACACCAAAAGCUAUCCUUAUUCCUAAACCCCCCACAAAACUAUAUGACUACUCUUUCACUUUUCCCUCUUCUUCUUCUCCCUCUUGUUAUUAUUAUAACAACCACUCUCACCAUUCCGUCUCCGGCUGAAGCCAGGGGCGGACAAUGGCAGCUCUUACAAAAUAACAUCGGCGUUGUAGGUAUGCACAUGCAGUUACUUCACAAUGACCGUGUUAUCAUUUUCGACCGCACAGAUUUUGGCUUAUCAAACUUAUCCUUAUCCAAUGGGAGAUGCCGUAAUAAUCCACAAGAACAGGUAGUAAAAAAUGAUUGUACUGCACACUCUCUUGAAUACGACGUUGUUUCUAAUACAUUCCGGCCUCUGUUUAUACAAACCAAUGUUUGGUGUUCCUCCGGCUCUGUCUCUCCCAACGGUACUCUUAUCCAAACCGGAGGUUUCAACGAUGGAGACCGUACUGUUAGAACCUUCAAUCCAUGUCCAAAUUGUGAUUGGCAAGAAUUUAAUGCCGGCCUUGCAGCUCGAAGAUGGUAUGCCACCAAUCACAUGCUUCCAGAUGGAAGGCAAAUUAUUAUUGGUGGAAGAAGACAAUUCAACUAUGAAUUUUAUCCAAAGAAAGAUGCCACAGCAAAAAACAUAUAUAGUCUGCCUUUUCUUGUACAAACAAAUGAUGCUGGAGCUGAGAACAAUCUUUAUCCUUUUGUUUUUCUCAAUGUAGAUGGCAAUCUUUUCAUCUUUGCAAAUAACCGUGCUAUUUUGUUUGAUUAUAACAACAACAAUGUUGUUAAAACAUACCCUUCAAUACCAGGUGGAGAACCCAGGAAUUAUCCUAGUACAGGUUCAGCUGUUUUGCUUCCUUUAAGAAACUUACAAAAGGCUUCAGUUGAAGCUGAAGUAAUGAUUUGUGGUGGAGCUCCUAAAGGUUCUUUUCAGAAAACACUGCAGGGAAGUUUUAUUGGAGCAUUGAAUACAUGUGCUCGAAUUAAAAUAACUGACCCCAAUCCGAAUUGGGUUAUGGAAACUAUGCCGGGUGGAAGAGUCAUGAGUGACAUGCUUUUACUUCCUAACGGUGACGUUUUGUUAAUUAACGGAGCAGCUAUGGGGUCCGCUGGUUGGGAAUCGGGUCGAAACCCGAUUUUGAACCCGUUUCUUUAUAAACCAAAUGGUGUUAACGGUUCACGAUUUCAAUUACAAAACCCGUCUAGUAUUCCUCGAAUGUACCAUUCUACAGCCGUGUUGCUUCGUGAUGGUAGGGUCCUUGUUGCUGGUAGCAAUCCUCACAUUGAUUAUAAAUUUGGAAAUGUUUUGUUUCCGACGGAAUUGCGUUUAGAAGCCUUUUCACCUUCCUAUUUAGAGGCCGGAUCCGAUGAUUUACGUCCUACAUUGGUGUUUCCUGUACCCCAAUCACAAACAAAAUUGAAGUAUGGUCAAAAGUUGAAGGUUCGAUUUCAGAUCAAGGCAAAACUGGUGAAAAAUUUAGUGUCGGUGACAAUGUUGGCGCCGUCUUUUAAUACACAUUCUUUCUCGAUGAAUCAAAGGUUGUUAGUGCUUGAUGAAGUGAAACCAACAAACAAAGUGAGUAGUAAAAUUGUUGUUGGAAAAUCAGCAUUGGUGUACCAAGUUGAAGUGACAAUACCUAGUUCACCCAUUCUUGCACCUCCUGGUUACUAUUUAUUAUUUGUGGUCCAUCAAGAAAUUCCAAGUCAAGGUGUUUGGGUCCAGUUACUAUAAUUUUCAAAAGCAUUAUUAUUAUCAGUUCUUCUUAUUCUUUGUCUAAAAUUAUUGGUGUAAUUCGAAUGUCAGUGAACAUAUUUGUAUUGUAGUGUGCAUUGAAUUUGGCUGGGGGAAAUAAAAUUCAGAAAGUCAUGUAGUAUAGGGGCAACAUUACCUGCAGAGGGAAAUUAAGAGAUGGUUAUUUAAAUUAAAUAAAUGUGGAGUACUUUUUUUUUCUUGGUAGAUAUGUGAAGUACUUUUUUAAUACAAUAAAAUAAAUAUAUCAUUAUAUAUUCAAUAAAUACUACAGGUACUAGCUAAGUA